AUGGAUCUUAAAGAACUUACAGAACGCCAUCUAGACCUGCAAACCAGAUCGAUGAGAGAUACUUUAGUGAUCAGUGGUAUUAUUGAAACAGAUGAGGAAGAUACAGAAGCCAUACUCAAGAAAUUUAUAGAACAAGAAUUGCAGAUCACAGACGACAUCCAGUUCGAUCGUGUACAUCGAGUGGGAAGACGACUUAGAAAUAAACACAGACCCAUUGUUGCAAAAUUUGUACUAUGUAAAGAUAGGGAACGGGUUCGAAAGGCAGCACUACGUCUUGCAGGAAAAUUGUUCAGCAUCAGUGAGCUAUUUCCCAGAGAAAUAAAUGAAAGGCACAAAUUACUGUAUCCUCAAUACAAGUUGGCCAAACAACAGGGACGACGUGUUACCAUGAUCGCGGACAAGCUGUUUAUAAAUGGAAAUCCCGUACACGUCAAUCCCAGACCAAUCCACCAACCCAAUCAUCUCAACAGUCCGUACAGAAGUGGCGCUGCAGAAUCACGCGCAGCGCAGAAGAAAAGUGUAAAUGCGCCCCCGAAAGUAGGAUAG